AUCAAUAUACAGCCUGACAACUCAUCAACAGACAUAAUCACUCAGCUGAAAAGUCCAAGUCUUCACUCCGACAUUCUCACCAUAUUUGCUCCCGCGAAAAAGAAAAAAAAAAAAAGCAAGCGAUAUUGCUCUAAAAUGAUCAACAGCCCCCCUAGUAUACUCAAAUCUAUCUUGCAGAAGGAGAAAGAGCUUGACCCCGCUUGCAAAUUCUGCGAAUCAGAGGUCGUAUUUAAAGAAGAUGUGGACUUCUAUCAAUAUCUAUUUCAUGAUGAUUGCGCCAGGUGUUCAUCAGUGGAAACAGAGCAUCUCUCACUCUGUUCCUUUUGCCGCCACUUGAGGAUUCAGCAUCUACUUUUCUGUUGCAAACUGGAUGGCGAUAAAGAAUAUCCCUAUUUGUAUAGACGAGUUGGUCAUUAUGAAUUGCAAAGUUCUGAUUGCCAGCUUUGUCAAUUCAUCAGUAACGCUAUUGAAACUCAUACGGAUUUUGAGACUUUGGAUUAUAUCCAUGUGACCAAGACAGGCGGAAUUGACUUGUCGAUUACUGGUGCACAUGGGCGGGUCGAUGGAGAAGUGAUUUACAUCGAUGCAUGGGCCCAAUCAGACCAGAUGGACGAGUCACUACAAGAUCCGGAUUCGCAACUGCAUUCACCAGUACUUGAAUCACCACAUGAGCUGCAGGAAUACAUUGACUGGGGAAAAGUGUGCUCAUGGAUCGAACCAACAGAGGCAGUGCACUAUAGCCAUUCCUGGCGACCGAAUGGAUUCAGAGUCAUCGAUGUUCAGCAGAACCUGCUCAUUGAACCCCCUGAGAAUUGUGAAUAUUUCGCUCUCAGUUAUGUCUUUGGGGGCGCCGCGGUGGAAGUGCCACAACAAGGCAAAAUCAACAAAGGCCAUCUCCCAGUGACCAUUCGAGAUGCUAUGGUUGCAUGUGUAGAGUUUGGGGUCCGAUAUCUGUGGGUUGAUCAGCUGUGUAUCAAUCAGAGCGAUAAAAAUGAUCUCCAGCAGCAAAUCGACUGCAUGGGCCUGAUAUACGAGCAUGCCACCUGCACUCUGGUUGCUCUCGCUGGGGAAAAUGCGUAUUACGGCCUGCCAGGAGUGACUUCCCCUCGAUUUUGGAAUCAUCGACGGCUUCAGAUUGGCCAUGUGCUCCUGGUUGAGGACAGACCAAACUUGCGUCGCUUUAUCGAUCAUUCGGCAUGGUCCACCCGUGGCUGGACAUUCCAAGAGGCCAUUUUCUCAUCUCAAUUCCUGUUCUUCACAGAAUAUGGGGUUUAUUAUGCGCACCGAGAAAGGAGACAUGUACAUUCCGAAUCUAAUCCUAGGUCGAUAAGCCGAGACCUAGACUGUCUGCCAACAAUGGACAGGUUCUGGGAGGCACAUACUCAUUAUACUCGAAGAAUCCUUACCUAUGACAGUGACACUAUCCGUGCAUUUACUGGAGUGCUACAGAAAAUUUAUGGCGAUGAUACCUACUAUGGACUCCCGAUUCAUCAUAUCCACAAGGCGAUUUCUUGGGUUCCAUCCCUUUUUGAAGAUGAAGGACCAGGAGGACAAAGAGAUGGAUUUCCCUCCUGGUCAUGGGCUUCCUGCGAUGGUGUUGUCAGGCAUUCUCCGGCAAAAGCUGGUCUUGCUUUGUGGGCAAUCCCAGCACAUGGGUCCAAAACAGGCAUCACCAUCUGCACUCCUGCUCAAGGCUUGGGUUGGUGCAGUGACGACGACAAAUUCGAAUAUGAUUCCACUGUACUGAAUCAUGUCGCCUGGUCAGCAUUACUUGCUUGGUUGGAAGGCUGUAUUCCAAGAAGAUUUCCUGCUGAAUUAAGUCUUGGUUCCUCGAUCGAUGAUUUCAGAGAUAUAGUCCGGCGAUGGCCUACGUAUGAUGCCUUCUGGCAAGAUGCCUUUGGUGGACGUGAAAAUGAUCAUAUUUUUUCUGAUGAUGACCAGCAAAGUGCAGCAUCUAUUCCUGGAUCUAUUUUAGUCCAUGCCCAUACCUCAUCAUUUCAUCUGGAACCCUCAAAAGUCUCAUAUGCAAAAGAAUUUGACUUCUGGAUCCGGGCAAGUGAUGGCAGUUUUGCAGGUACUAUCAAAAUACCCCAAUCCAACAAGAAAAUGCGCCAAGGGGUCCUGGCUGAGUUCAUCUUGCUUUCCAUUCCGGAAGAGCCCAGAAAAUUUGCUUACUGCAGUCCUUUUUAUUCAAUAGACUAUGAGAACCUUACUGGGUGUCUAUGUCUUAAGGGAAAAGACAGUUUACCAGAAUUUCCAAUGGCUCACACCGCUCCUUGUGAGGCCUGCCAGUUGAAAUAUAAGGAUUCCACUCAACUGAAUAACACCAAAGCCAAGCUAUCGCCUCAGAGAAGAUACAUGAAUACCUUGUUCUAUUGGCACCCGCAUGGAAAAGCCUACCCGUUUAUUGAGCACGAGAGUGAGCACGAGGAACUUGUGGGACACGAUGCAAUCCAUUUGAAUGUUAUGCUCAUCGAAAGAGACCCAGAGACCAAUAUUGCCCGUCGCCUUGGGAUAGGAGAUAUCUAUCUCAAGAAAUGGGUGGAGGCACGUCCAGAGUUCCGAACCAUCAUUCUUCAAUGAACCAUUACUUCAGGUGUCAAUGUCUAGCAUAGAUGCAAGCUAUAGUAUACAUUUUUGAAAAGAAUUGACCAUAACAAAAAAACUCAUUUUUGUCAUUCCAGCUACCUUUUGUUUAGAUUGUCUCAUA